AGCCCGGCUAAAUGAGAUAUGUCUCAGCUUCCUACCUCCGCACACCAGCUCUUCACUAACCUAACACCCAUCACUAUAGACGGACAAACAGUCUACAUUGCACAAGUCAGAUCGGACAGUAACUAUGCUCUGGCUAGUGUGGGUAACCUUGGCAACAUUCCUGGCAUCUCGCCUGUCACGUGUCCAGUCAGUUUCGGGACCCAAGCUCAGGCAAGUCCUAUGAACAUCCAGACUAACAUGAACAAUGUGAUGACGAUAACCAACACAGGAGUUUCCUCCCCGGGUGGCAUAUUGACGAUGAGUCUCCCAAGUGGGAAUGGUAUGAGCUCCAGCCCUCACAAACAGGAACCCUUGUCUUCUCCUUCACCCUCCGGCUAUAUGAGGAGUGUAAAUCUACAGGGUCAUAAGAUUUCGAACGGAGAGGGGACGAGGAAAUUGCUGUUGCCCUGGUUAGUGGAACAUCUUGACAAGAACUCGUUCCGGGGUGUACAAUGGCAGAACAGGGAGCAUGGUCUGUUCUUGUUGCCAUGGAAACACGGUAAAAACAAAGGAUUUGAUGAGGAGACGGACGGGGAAAUAUUCAAAGAAUGGGCUGUAAACACUGGAAGAUAUAGAACAAACGAGCAGCCCCAAUACAAAGUAUGGAAAGCCACGCUAAGAAAUGCGUUACAUAAACACCCCCACAUUCAGGAGGUCAAGGAAUAUGGGAAAUCGGGUCUUUUUAGGGUGUACCAAAUUACCACGCCAGUUAAUGGUAUAAUGGACCCGUCUGUGUCGCUGUCCAAACCUAAUCCUGCUAGAAAAACAGAGAACAUGAACAGCGGUUUAAGUGCUGCCUCCACUUUCUUUUCUGGAGGUGUGUUCAGCAACGCUCCCUCGCCUGAAUUCGAUACAAAUGUAAUGGGCCCGCCAAUGUCCCAAGUAAACGGACCCAACACUCCCACCAACAUGUCCUCCUUCUCCUCCCAAUACAGCUCUCUCAUGUCUCCUCCCACCAUGGUCAAUACCCCCACUAUGAUGACGACCCCAUCUAUUCAGAUGUCAGCUCCUAACACACCACUAGGUGGGCCUCGUACUCCCCUCACUCCUACUGCUACAGAUAGUGUCAGUCAGAAGAACCCCAGUCCACAGGAUUAUAGGUCUACUGAUGCCGUCCUCGAUAUUCUCACCACUAUCCAACGUCAGCUCCGUCCAAUCGAAUGAAUCAGAGUACCCCAGCGAACUAGAGAUGAGUCCAGGGUCCAGUGUUGUUACAACAGUUGACGUGGUCAACAAUUUCAACUCCUCAAAACAACACAUAAGAAGCGCUAGUGGCACCGUCCUCACCGAUCACAUUGAAGAGAUCCUUAAACAGGUUUCGUUGCCACAAAUGGAAACAGACAAAGGUCAGAACAACAACGAUUACGGUAUGAACAUGGAUCUCGAGGAUAUGCUCAUAACUGGGGACUCAUUUCUAGCAAAUCCAAAUAGUGGAGCGGAAAAACAGGAGGAACAACAACAACAAAGAAUGGCAGGGCAACAGCAACAGCAACAAAGAAUGGGAGGGCAACAACAACAACAACAACAACAACAACAACAACAGCGGCAACAACAACAACAAGGACAACAGCAGCAACAACAGCAACAACAGCAACAACAACAACAACAAGGACAACAGCAACAACAACAACAACAACAACAACAACAACAACACAUGUCUCAACAAAAUACCAUGUCUGACUCGCGGCUUACCCUUCAACAACAGUUCCUCAUGCACGAGAGAAUGAAGCAGCAACAGGAUCAGUUACAAAAGCAGCGUGAGAAUAGAGGAAAACAGCUGCAAGAUAACAGAAACAGAAAAGAGUCCGCUUCUAAACAAAUGUCAGGGAAGAAGCAUGACAUGUUCCCUUCCUCCCCUAACCUUAACCUUAACCACGAACAGGAAAUGAAGCUUGUUGAGUUGAAGAAGCAGCGGGAGUCAUUGAAAAAACCACAGAAUAAUGGAAGUAAGAUAAUGCAUAAUGAGCCGUCUGCGAUUGAUGAGAUGCCAAUGGAGGAAUUAUUGGGUACCGUUCCUGAACCUAGGAGACUUGGCAAGCGGCCACGAUUGGAUUGUAACACCGACAUUUCUACCGAGGGUCCAGUCAGUGCGGUGGACUAUCUUACCAAACUCAAACAGAUAGGCUUACCAAAGAAACAAAGUCCCAAUAGCAUGGCUAUAACAAUAUACUACAAGACAGUGGGAGUGGCUGCGUAUGGGAUCAGUAAUCCUGUUGGGGCUCGUCUUUACUACUGUUCAAACCAGCGUGUUCAAGUUACAGACGAGAAGACGACUAACGAAUUGUACGGCCCACAAGACGCCACUCAGAUCUGUAUGCCAUGGUGUCGAGACAACACGCCCACACAAACUUUACUCGGAACACUUACACGCGGUGUGAUUUUACAAGAGGAAGACGGAGACGUAUUCGCUACCCGUCUUUGUCAAUGUGCUGUCUUCUUCGGGGACAAGCGUGGGGUUCUCACCAAGUUAGAACGUGGACAGAGAGUCAAGAUAUUCGACUUCAAGACCCGUUUUCUCCCAUUAUACUUCCAACACCUACAGUCUCAAAACAGUGGGUCUCAGGGUGGGGUUAAAGUAGUCCUGGACCCUUUUCCUGACCCUGAUGUCAUGUUAAGUUUCGGUCAGCGGUGGGAUGACCGGAGACCAAUCGAGAACACCCUUAUUUGGGCAAAGGUUAUACACAUGAAAUCCCGACAGUUGACUUUGGACUUCACUCAGCUCUUCCCGCCUCCUCCUCCUAUCGUUAAUGAAGACUGUAUUCAGUUUUCUGAGUCCGACCCUUACGAUAGACUGGCUGAUGCCUUUAGCCUCGCUUUAUAGUUGUCUUAAAGAAAUUAGAAAACUCAGAUUAAUUGUUCAGAAGAUCAAAAUGUCAAUUGUGUUAUGAUAGUUCAAGACUCGAUACCCCAGAAACUGGUUGCAUAAACGUUUGAUCAGGAAGUCUUGAACCAGUGCUGUACUGAGUGCUGACCAGCCGCCCUGAUAGGGGUUGUGGAAACAACUGAAACUAUCAACAUGAACGCUAUCCCAGAUUUCACAGAAAAAUGUUUUUGACUUUUUGAACCACCAUGAUCGUUUCAGUUUGAUCUGAAAUAUUAUAUUGUAAAUAAUGUAAAGUAAUGAAUAAUUUGAUAUUUUAAUACAUAGUAUUGAAAUUUCAAAAAACUUAUAUUAUUUGGUCUUAAUUAUAGAUUAGCGAAUUGACUUUUCUUACGUAUUUGAGUAGCAAUGGUUUCGUAUUUUUGAUGAAUGAAAAUAAUUAUAAUUACGCAAUUGCAAUUUAUACGGUCAGAUAUAAUAUUGAGAAGUUGAGAAUCAAUCUUACACUUGGAUGUGUGAUUGGACAGUUUUGUUACGUAUUUGGGUAUAACUACGUUUCAUAAGAAGAAUUACACCUAUGAAACAUCAAAAGGCUGGUAUAGAUUACUCUGAUUGGAUUUUUCAAAAUAAUUUAUUAGACUUCAGAGUAUGCAAGUUUUUUGUUUUUAAUCCUUAUAUCGUUUUGAUUGAUAAAAAGUCAAUGUUUGUUGCUUUAAUCUUUGACUUAUGUUAUAAUAUACCAAUGGAAUAUGAUUUAUUUCAUUCUUUACAGUAUCAAAUAUGUAUAUUUGUAGUUCUAUUUUAUUCUGUUAUAAUCCAAUUACCAAUACAAUCAAUCGACAAAGUUUUCAUUUUCUCUUAAUAAU